GGUGGCUCGCUCCUCCCGGCUGCUCCGCCGCGCCAACCGGGACCGCGCGGCCGUGGACCCAGGGGGAAAGAGAUCGGUGCUGGGAGAAAGAGUCACACUUGUCUAGCCCCGGUAGUGCGGCGGUUGGGCUCGGGAGGUGAAGGUCAACUCUCCGCGGCUUAUUGUGUGGGGGGUGACUGGAUGGGCUGUCGGGGCAUGAGACGCCGGAGGUUCGGUCCUGAAGGAGAGGAAACACACCUGGGUCACACCGCCGUCGCAGAAGCCUGGAGAACACAGGAGCCUCCGUCGCAGAAGCCUGGAGAACAGGGCCUGGUUGCUCUAAUAACCGGAGGAGCCUCUGGUCUAGGUCUGGCCACAGCAGAGCGACUGGUGGGGCAAGGGGCCACUGCUGUGCUUCUGGACCUGCCCGACUCUGAUGGGGAGGUCCAAGCCAAGAAGUUAGGGAAGAGCUGCGCCUUUGCCCCAGCUGAUUGGACCCAUCUCCUUGUCCCUUUUGGCCUGAGCCCUCCGUCCAGCACUGUGGGAGCACCUGCAAUAAGGAAUGUACAAAGCCUGGAUCCCCAGCAGUGGGGAUGGGAAUUGGAUAUAUCACAAUCUCCUGGAGGGGGUGACCUCAGAGAAGGAUGUGCAAGCAGCCCUGACUCUAGCAAAAGAAAAAUUUGGCCGUGUGGAUGUGGCAGUCAACUGUGCAGGCAUUGCAGUGGCCAUAAAGACAUACAACUUAAAGAAGAAUCAGGCCCAUUCCUUGGAGGACUUCCAGCGAGUUCUCAAUGUGAAUCUCCUCGGCACCUUCAACGUGAUCCGCCUGGUGGCCGGUGAGAUGGGCCAGAAUGAGCCAGACCAGGGAGGCCAGCGUGGGGUCAUCAUCAACACUGCCAGCGUGGCUGCCUUUGAGGGCCAGGUUGGACAAGCUGCAUACUCUGCUUCCAAGGGGGGCAUAGUGGGCAUGACCCUGCCCAUUGCUCGGGAUCUGGCUCCCAUGGGCAUCCGAGUGAUGACCAUUGCUCCAGGCCUAUUUGGCACCCCGCUGCUCACCAGCCUCCCAGAAAAAGUGCGCAACUUCUUAGCCAGCCAGGUGCCCUUCCCCAGCCGACUGGGUGAUCCCGCUGAGUAUGCUCAUCUGGUACAAGCCAUCAUCGAGAACCCAUUCAUCAAUGGAGAGGUCAUCCGGCUGGAUGGGGCCAUCCGCAUGCAGCCUUGAAGGGAGAGGGCAGAGAAAACACAUGCUCUUCUCUCCCUGCUUCCCUUGGAGUACUUUACUGCAGCCUGGGAGGAAGUCCCACAGCCAUCUUGUAACUCUGCCCAGUAGUCACACUCUGUGCCUAAUAAAGUCUCUGUUUCUCACA